GUGAGAGAAAAAAUAGGGGAAGGGAGGGAGAGAGGAGAGAAAUAAAAACAGCACAAGAGGACAGCAGACAGAACGGAGGAAAAAAUCCCUCUGAGGUUCCACCAUGUUCCUGCAGACUGUCUCCAUCCUCUUCCUCUCGGCCGUCCUCUUCGGCUGCCUGGAAGGGAAGGGUGUGCAAAUGCAGCGAGAUGUUCAGUGCUGCAUGCAGUACUCUCAAGGCAAAGUCCGGACCAAAGACGUCCUGAGGUAUGAGAGGCAGACGGAGGGGCCGGAUUGCAGCAUAAGAGCCAUCAUACUGUACACCAAAAAGGCGGUGAAGUGCGCUGAUCCAAGAGACAGGAAGGUGAAGAGGUUACUACGGAAACUGAACCAGAGGAUGGGAGCCAAAUCCCACAGGACCAUGUGGCCACAUCGGCAUAUGAAUCUGCCCGUCAUGUCGGAGGUCGAUGUUGUUAACUCCCAAAAGAUGAACAAGACCAAGUGAAAUUUGAGGGAAGACAGGUGAUUGAUGAAACUCCAGCCUUCUCGUGUGUCACUGUUUUCUUAUAUAUGUAUAAGGAAAUAUAUGUAGACUCACUACACAAAUAUAUGUAGAUUCACUACCAAACAGUAUGUUAUCCAGAUAUAUUGUGAUAUUUAGAUGUCCUCUCAAAUGACUGUUAAUCUAUAUGCCAAAGUAUUCUUCUCUGAGACUUGUUUAAGGUUGUUUAUAAUCUCUGCAGCUAUGUAUAGUCUCUAUAACUUAUACAAGCUCUUCUAUAGAGUCCAGUAAGCUGGUAUGACUGUUCUCAAACAAUUUAUAGUGCAAUUACAGAACCUCUUGUGUAUGUUAAACACAACUGAUUUUUAUAUAUAAAAAUAAAAGAAAAAUAUUGAAAA